GUACCUCACUGCGCAUGUGCGUUGCCAGGGGUAGCGCGGGUAGCCAAAGUGGCUCGCGGAGCCGGGCGUGUUGCUGAGGCGGGGAGGAGGGGCCCGAGGUGUGAGGGAAGCCGCGAUGCGGGCCGUGUUGACGUGGAGAGAUAAAGCCGAGCAGUGUAUAUAUGACCUCGCAUUUAAGCCUGAUGGAACGCAACUGAUUUUGGCUGCAGGAAACAGAUUACUGGUCUAUGACACUUCUGAUGGCACCUUACUUCAGCCCCUAAAGGGACACAAAGAUGCUGUGUACUGUGUGGCAUAUGCAAAGGAUGGCAAGCGCUUUGCUUCUGGAUCAGCGGACAAAAGCGUUAUUAUCUGGACGUCAAAAUUGGAAGGCAUUCUGAAGUACACGCACGGUGAUUCUAUCCAGUGUGUCUCCUACAAUCCUGUUACCCACCAACUGGCAUCUUGUUCCUCCAGUGACUUUGGCUUAUGGUCACCUGAACAGAAGUCUGUCUCUAAGAACAAAUCCAGCAGCAAGAUCACCUGCUGCAGCUGGACAAAUGAUGGUCAGUACCUGGCUCUGGGAAUGUUCAAUGGGAUCAUCAGCAUACGGAACAAAAACGGCGAGGAGAAAGUGAAGAUUGAGCGGCCGGGAGGCUCCCUUUCCCCAGUAUGGUCCAUCUGCUGGAACCCUUCAAGAGAGGAACAUAAUGACAUCCUGGCUGUAGCUGAUUGGGGACAGAAACUUUCCUUCUACCAACUGAGUGGAAAACAGAUUGGGAAGGAUCGGUCACUGAACUUUGAUCCCUGCUGCAUCAGCUACUUUACUAAAGGGGAGUACAUUUUGCUGGGGGGCUCAGACAAGCAAGUAUCCCUUUUCACCAAGGAUGGAGUGCGGCUUGGGACUGUUGGGGAGCAGAACUCCUGGGUGUGGACGUGUAAAGUGAAGCCUGAUUCCAACUAUGUGGUGGUAGGCUGCCAGGAUGGCACCAUUUCCUUCUACCAGCUUAUUUUCAGCACAGUCCACGGGCUCUAUAAGGACCGGUACGCCUACAGGGACAACAUAACUGAUGUCAUUGUGCAGCACCUGAUCACCGAGCAGAAGGUUCGGAUUAAAUGCAAAGAGCUUGUCAAGAAAAUUGCCAUCUACAAAAAUCGAUUAGCUAUCCAACUGCCGGAGAAAAUCCUCAUCUAUGAGCUGUCUUCAGAUGACUCGUCGGACAUGCACUACCGGGUGAAGGAGAAGAUUAUCAGGAAGUUCGAAUGCAACCUCCUGGUGGUGUGUGCUGAUCACAUCAUCCUCUGUCAGGAGAAACGGCUGCAGUGCCUGUCCUUCAGUGGCGUGAAGGAGCGGGAGUGGCAGAUGGAGUCUCUCAUUCGCUACAUCAAGGUGAUUGGUGGCCCUCCCGGAAGGGAAGGGCUGUUAGUAGGCCUGAAGAAUGGACAGAUUCUGAAGAUCUUCGUGGACAACCUCUUUGCCAUCAUCCUGCUGAAGCAGGCCACAGCUGUGCGCUGCUUGGACAUGAGUGCCUCCCGCAACAAGCUGGCCGUGGUCGAUGAAAACGACAUGUGUCUGGUGUAUGACAUUCACACCAAGGAGUUGCUUUUCCAGGAACCGAAUGCCAACAGUGUGGCCUGGAACACCCAGUGUGAGGACAUGCUCUGCUUCUCGGGUGGAGGCUACCUCAGCAUCAAAGCCAGCACCUUCCCUGUGCACCAGCAGAAGCUGCAGGGCUUCGUGGUCGGCUACAACGGCUCCAAGAUUUUCUGCCUCCAUGUCUUCUCCAUGUCAGCUGUGGAGGUGCCACAGUCUGCUCCCAUGUACCAGUACCUGGAUAGGAAAAUGUUUAAAGAAGCCUACCAGAUCGCCUGCUUGGGUGUGACAGAUACUGAUUGGCGUGAACUGGCCAUGGAAGCUUUAGAAGGAUUAGAGUUUGAAACAGCAAAGAAGGCCUUCAUCAGAGUACAAGACCUCCGGUAUUUAGAGCUCAUCAACAGCAUUGAGGAGAGGAAGAAGCGGGGAGAGACCAACAAUGACCUGUUUCUCGCAGAUGUGUUUUCCUACCAGGGGAAGUUCCACGAGGCCGCCAAACUGUACAAGAGGAAUGGGCACGAGAACCUCGCGCUUGACAUGUACACCAACCUCUGCAUGUUUGAGUAUGCCAAGGAUUUCCUUGGAUCUGGAGACCCCAAAGAAACAAAGAUGCUAAUCACCAAACAGGCUGACUGGGCUAGAAAUACCAACGAGCCCAAAGCUGCUGUGGAGAUGUACAUCUCAGCAGGAGAGCACGUCAAGGCCAUAGAGAUCAGUGGCGACCAUGGCUGGGUUGACAUAUUGAUCGACAUUGCUCGAAAGCUGGACAAGGCUGAGCGGGAGCCCCUGCUGAUGUGUGCCCACUACUUCAAGAAGCUUGAUAACCCUGACUAUGCUGCCGAGAUUUACCUGAAGAUUGGCGACCUGAAGGCCUUGGUUCAGCUGCACGUGGAGACCCAGCACUGGGAUGAGGCCUUUGCUUUGGGCGAGAAGCACCCCGAAUUUAAGGAUGACAUCUACGUGCCGUAUGCUCAGUGGCUAGCAGAGAAUGAUCGUUUUGAGGAAGCCCAGAAAGCGUUCCACAAGGCUGGGAGGCAGGCGGAGGCCGUCAGGGUGCUGGAGCAGCUCACACACAAUGCCGUAGUGGAGAGCAGGUUCCGCGAUGCGGCCUAUUAUUACUGGGUGCUGUCCAUGCAGUGCCUCACUGUAGCUCAAGAUCCUGCCCAGAAGGACACUAUGCUCAGCAAGUUCCACCACUUCCAGCACUUGGCUGAGCUGUACCAUGGCUACCAUGCCAUUCAGCGGUACACGGAAGAACCGUUCAGUUUGCAUCUUCCCGAAACCCUCUUCAACAUCUCCAGGUUCCUACUGCACAGCCUGACCAAGGACACCCCCUUGGGCAUCUCUAAAGUGAACACGCUCUUCACUCUGGCCAAGCAAAGCAAGGCCCUGGGUGCCUACAAGCUGGCCCGGCAUGCCUACGACAAGCUGCAGGGCCUGCAGAUCCCUGCCAGGUUCCAGAAGUCCAUUGAGCUGGGCAGUCUGACCAUCCGCUCCAAGCCCUUCCAUGACAGCGAGGAGCUGGUACCUUUGUGCUACCGCUGCUCCACCAACAACCCAUUGCUGAACAACCUGGGCAAUGUUUGCAUCAAUUGCCGCCAGCCCUUUGUCUUCUCUGCCUCUUCUUAUGAGGUGCUGCACCUGGUUGAGUUCUACCUGGAGGAGGGCAUCACUGAUGAAGAAGCCGUCUCCCUCAUUGACCUGGAGGCACCAAGACACAAGCGUGAGAACAAAUGGCAAGAGAUCACGAGCAGCAAUUCCCAGACUUUGAGGCUGGAUGAGACCAUGGACUCCAUGGGAGAUGAUGACCCGUUCAUGGCAAAGCUGAGCUUUGAGCAAGGCGGCUCGGAGUUCGUGCCCGUGGUGGUGAGCCGGUUGGUGCUGCGCUCCAUGAGCCGUCGGGAUGUCCUCAUCAAGCGCUGGCCCCCGCCCCUGCGCUGGCAGUACUUCCGUUCUCUCCUGCCCGAUGUCUCCAUCACCAUGUGCCCUUCCUGCUUCCAGAUGUUCCACUCAGAGGACUAUGAGCUGCUGGUGCUGCAGCACACCUGCUGCCCUUACUGCCGGAGGCGCACGGAUGACCCCGGCCCGUGACCCAUGACCGUGGCAGCAUGUCAGGGCUACCUGCUCCCUCCCCGGCUGCCUUGCAUUCGGCUGCUCUAUCAAAGAAAGGAAGAAUUAAACUCUUAGCGUCUUCUGCCCAGAUCAAGUCUGUAUUUUAGGGAGGGGCCUUGUGCAACCACGGAAUUCCUAUUAUGGCAUUUUGUGCCUUGUAAAUAGCACCAGGAGAUGGAGAAGGGAAUGUACAUAUAUUUUCAAAGAAGAAAAAUCUGUUACUUUCAGAAGGGCUCUUAGUUGUUCACAGCAGCCUGCUGGAGUCCACAGAUCUGUCAGACCAUUAACAUGUACACUUUGCGAACAGAUUGCCUCAAUAAUUACAAAUAAAAGGGCUACUUAUUUUCAUCA